AAAGCAUUCCCACUUCUCUCUCGUGUACAUAGAGCGAUACCCUCGGCGUUUCUCACUGCAUCAUAUUCAUCCAUAAACGCGAAGCUUUGCAGGAAUAACAGCACGAGUACAAUGGCGCCUGUCAGUGUCAAUGGGAGGAGCAGCAAGAAGCAUUCAAAAGUGGUUGUAAUCGGAUCUGGUCCAGCGGGCCAUACAGCUGCGAUUUAUCUCGCACGAGCCAACCUCACCCCCGUCCUCUUCGAAGGCUUCCUUGCAAAUGGCUUUGCGGCCGGUGGUCAGUUAACAACCACAACAGAAGUCGAAAACUUCCCUGGUUUCCCUGAGGGUAUUAUGGGCCCGGACCUCAUGGACAAGUUCCGUGCACAAUCCGCACGGUUCGGCACUGAGAUAAUCACGGAAACUGUCUCGAAAAUCGAUCUCUCUCGACGUCCCUUCCGAUACUGGCGCGAAGGUGCAGAGAACGAUGAACCCGAGACCGCGGACACGGUGAUCAUCGCAACCGGCGCGAGUGCAAAACGUUUACACCUCGCCGGCGAAGACAAGUACUGGCAGAGUGGUAUCAGCGCAUGUGCAGUGUGCGAUGGCGCUGUUCCGAUAUUCCGAAACCGUCCGUUGGCGGUUAUCGGUGGUGGUGACUCUGCUGCGGAGGAAGCGACGUACUUGACGAAGUAUGGAUCGCAUGUGUACGUCCUCGUACGCCGAGACGAGCUUCGUGCGAGUAAGAUCAUGGCGAAGCGACUGUUGUCCCACCCCAAAGUAACCGUACUAUGGAACACCGUGGCGGUAGAGUGCAAGGGCGAUGGAAACUUGCUCAAUGCAUUGCGUAUUAAGAACACGGUCACGGGCAAGGAGGACGAUUUGCAAGUGAACGGACUAUUCUAUGCUAUCGGUCACGAACCUGCAACGGCUAUCGUGCGUGGACAGGUACAAACUGACUCCGACGGGUACAUUGUCACUGUCCCAGGAACAUCACAGACUUCCGUCAAGGGUGUAUUCGCAGCAGGAGACGUGCAAGACAAACGCUACCGACAAGCUGUUACGUCAGCUGGCAGUGGAUGUAUGGCAGCUCUGGAAGCUGAGAGGUUACUUGCGGAAGAAGAGGCGGGCGAGUUCUAGACUAGAAAUUUUUUGGCAUUUACUUAGAUACUGGGUUUCCAACUUUUUGUUUGUGAAACAUGACAAUGAU